GAACUACUAGUGGAAGGCAGCAAAAAUGGCAUCGGCAUGGGGCAUAGCGGUGGUCGCAGCGUCGUUUAUUGUCUGCCUGCUUGAAUUGUCAUCGAGUCAUCCCAUCGGUGGUGAAGCAGAUGGCGGUUCCAGGACUCCGUUCUUAACAGAGGCACCGUGUACCAGUGGGCCGCUAGGGAUGCAAAGUGGAGCUAUCCCCGAUAGCAGCUUAUCGGCUUCUUCCAGUUACAGCUCCUCCUAUCUCCCGCCUAAAGCCAGGCUAAAUGUCGGUACCGACGGGUGGGUGCCACGCCCUCACCAGAACCAAUGGUUUCAGGUGGACCUUGGCGACCUUACGGCCGUCACUGGACUGAUAGUCCAGGGCCACUCCGGGGGGCGGCACUACGUGUCCACCUUCACCGUACAAUACAGCAACACUGGCGAGUCAGAGGACUGGCUGGGGCUGAUCGACGCAGAGGGGCACACUCUGCAGUUGAAUGGUAAUGCGGGGGAUGGACAGCAAGUGACGGUCACGUUUCCGGAGGUGCUGAUGACUAGAUACAUUCGCAUUUUGCCGACUGCUUGGAGUGCACCGACCUACCGACUCAAAUUUGAAAUCCUUGGUUGUAGAGAUGGCAUAGUGCGUUUGGUGGAUGGCGAUGACGCCCUCAGCGGCCGGGUCGAAAUCUACCACCACGAUGCCUGGGGAGCGGUGUGCGACGAGGAUUGGGACUUCAAGGGAGCAGCCAUCGUUUGCAGCCAGCUGGGCUUCUUGGAGGCCCUGGAAGCCAAGCGUGGGUCGUUCUUCGGCGAGAGCGAGCUACCCAUCGUGAUGAGCCGGGUGUCUUGCAAGGGGACGGAGAAACGCCUGGCUGACUGCCCAUUCGUCUGUACCAGCCCUCGCCAGUGUAACAACUCCCGGGAAGCCGGAGUCAUAUGCAAACCGAAUUCUAUUCGGUUGGUUGGUGGUCCGAAUCGCACAAGUGGCCGCGUGGAGGUCCACAAGGACGGCAACUGGGGUACGAUCUGCGACAACGACUGGGAUCUAACGGACGCCUCCGUACUCUGCCGCCAACUGGGCUUCUCCGACGCCGAGGAGGCCACGACAGGAGCCCACUUCGGCCAGGGUGAGGGCCAGGUGAUCUUGGACGGCGUGGCUUGCUCCGGCUCGGAGAGUAAGAUCACCGACUGCCCGUCGUUUUGUUGGGAGAGGACUCAGUGUAACCACACUCAAGAUGCGGGCGUGGUCUGCCACGAGGGUAAUCUUGCGCCCUCAAGCGACGUCGAUCACUACAAACACGAGUAGAAGCGAGAGGAAUAAAUCGAGAGUUCAGCCUCAGACGAAGUCUGAGUUUGUCUCAUCAAAUCACAUCUGUUUGUCAAUCUGCCAACUGCCACUAGCAUUAUCACAUCCGCAAGUUCAGUGAUCUCAACACCUGUAAACAUACAUUCCGUUCUCUCGAUAUGUCUCGUCUUGAUUACCGUGUUUCUCUGUUGUGUGGUGUGCGAGCGAAAACAGCCUACAGAAACUCCAGUCGACCGAUCUCAUGACGCAUCACAUUUCAUAACCCAACUGCACUGGCUACUUAUGAAGUAUAGUGUACUUUCAAAUUACUCCCGAUUACGUUUAAAUCCAUACGGCUCAUCACCUACCUUAUAGACCUAUUGUUUCAAUAAGAUCGAGAAGGGCUGGUCUUCAUUUGAUACGUCCCGUCUACAUACGUACUAUACUCGUUUUGACUUGUGCAGGAUUUUUACAAAGUAGGGCAAAACAAAUCUUACUUUAAAGACCUGAACUCAAACAGAUUUGGGGAUUUCAGUUAAUUGCCUUGCCACAAAAAUGCAAAUGCCAAGACUCACGUGAAAUGUUUAUAAUUUUAACCAUAGUAUAGUUACCCUUUUACAUGUUCAAUGUAUCGAUACAGUGCAUGACUGUUAAAAUGUACGAUACCCUUAUAAUGAGGAUGAACGCUACAAUGCGUCUGCUUCUACGCUUGCUCUUAAACUGAAGAAAAUCAUUAUCAUCUUGGGGUACACAAGAACUUGUGAUAGCUACGAUCAGUAAAGCCUUCUACUUCACUUUGA